AGGACAGCAGAAGAGGAAAAGAACCAAACAACAAUGCUGAGGUUUGCUGUCGCCCUCUUUGCUGUCAUAACAUCAUCUACCUGCCAGAAAUAUGGAUGUCUGGAAGGGGACACCCACAAACUGAAGCCAAGCCCUGAGCCAAAUAUGCAUGAAUGCACUCUGUACUCUAAAUCUUCCUGUUGCUAUGCAGACUUCACAGAGCAAUUGGCCCAUUCCCCAGUAAUUAAAAUAAAAAACAGCUACUGGAACAGAUGUGGGCAGCUCAGCAAAUCCUGUGAAGAUUUCACAAAGAAAAUUGAGUGCUUUUACCGGUGUUCUCCACAUGCUGCUCACUGGAUCCAUCCCAGCUACACUGCUGCUAUUCAGUCUGUUCCACUGUGUCAAAGCUUUUGUGAUGACUGGUAUGAAGCCUGCAAAGAUGAUUCCAUAUGUGUUCGUAACUGGCUGACAGACUGGGAAUGGGAUGAAAGUGGAGAAAACCACUGUAAGAAUAAAUGUAUUCCGUACAGCGAGAUGUAUGCAAAUGGGACUGACAUGUGCCAGAAUAUGUGGGGGGAGUCAUUUAAGGUGAGCAAAUCCUCCUGCCUCUGCUUGCAAAUGAACAAGAAGGACAUGAUGGCAAUCAAGUAUCUCCUCUCCGAAAGCUCAGAGGAGAGCUCCAGCAGCAGCAGCAGCAGCGAAGAGCACGCCUGCCAAAAGAAACUCCUGAAGUUUGAGAAACUAAAGGGAGAGGAAGGAGAACAGGCAAGAUAAGUGCUGGUGGAUGUAAGUCAGGACAAGAGAAAUUGUCGCGGAGGCUGGGCUCAGGGCAUCAUGCCAGCCUGCUUUAUCCCUUACUUCCUAGAACGUAAUAAAUCAAUGGCUGGUUAUAUUAA